UGAGGUACUAUUAACAUACUAACCCAGCUCAUGCAAACACACACUGACAUACAAACACCAUUAAAUUCAUGCACUCAGAGAGAGGGAAGGGAAAGACAGGGAUGCUCUUAGCAGGUGCCAAGAACUGAGUGAGACGAGAGAGAGAAAGAGGGAUGGAGCAAGUCUAAAACACUCAGUAACGUUUUAGAAGACACUUGAACUAUCUUUGAAUGUUUUGGUGUUUGUAUUUCCAUGCUUUUCUCUACUCUGUCUGUGUUUGAGUGUGUUCAUCUAAAUCCGUUCAGUUAAAUCUAUCCAUACCGGCUUGCAUUAGAGGUGCAUCUGGGGCCAAUAUCAUUUGCACAAUGCUGUGCUCCUCUGUAUUUGUGGUGCUUUUAGUCCUACUGGCCCAUCCGGUGCCUGGACAUGCCCGAGCCCUGCACACCCCUGACAAAGCCAUGCAGGUCAUCGAGCAGUUCCUUGAGCGCUACAAUGACCUUUUAAACCUUGAUGAUCUUGAGAACUUCACAAGUGACCAAUCAGAAGAGCCCGUGCAGCCCUUCAGUUCUGGGUUGAAGGUUGCAGAGUACCCCAAGUGGAUUGACAUUCCUGUGCAGAGUGAGAAUGCCUGGCUCCGCCUCUUGAAGGGGGCUUUGGCCAAUCAGAAGCAAGCUCCACCGGACCGGUUGCGGAGGGGUUGGAACCGAGGCUGUUUUGGCCUGAAAUUAGACCGGAUUGGCUCUAUGAGUGGGCUCGGGUGCUAAUAAUGGACUGAGAGAUAGACCAAGAAGAUAAGAUGACUGUUGUCCUGCUUAGCUUUAGGUAGUCGUCAUCACUAAACUCUGGUCUGGUCUGGGAGUCAGACCCCGUGAAAAGAGUUGUACAAACUAGGUGGACAAAUUAAUUAUAUGGUGUAUCUCAAUGUUCUUAUUUGCUACAAUGGAUUUGGAGUGGCAUGUUGUUUCACUGUAAUUGUAUAUUCAUUUCAUAAUGAAGCUAGUAAGAAUUAAGUGUUUUACUUAGUAGAUGAGUUACAAUGAGCUUCAUUUUGACAUUCUGCUAUUAGUGAGCAAAUAUCUUAAAAUUAUAGAAAUGUCUGUUUUUAAUAGUUUUAAGGAAAAUGCAUGAUUUACAGAACAUAAACAAAGUACCUCUCACCUUAUAUUUCUGUAUGUUUUGCAUGAAUAAAAUUUAUCCUAAGUCA